AUGUCUUUUGAGCACAAUUUCACUACAACUGGAAAUGUAAAUGGCCCAGCCCUCUCUGCUGUCCUUGCUCUUGAAACAGUGACAGCUUUCAUAGCUAAUACAGUUGUUCUCUCCAUCACUCUCUACCAAAGAAAGUCCUGGAAGCAGUCAUCAACAAUAUUCUUCACUUCUCUCAUCCUCUCGCAUCUCGUGAUGGUGUUCCUCUACCUGCCACUGUGUGUCAUAGCUGUAGCUGCCGAGGAAUGGAUAUUUGGCAGCACCUUUGAACAGCAGAUUGCAACCUGCUCGUUUGCAGCAUACGUCAUAUGGUAUUGUGUGCUGGUCAUACAAAUGACACUUGCCAUCAUAUCAUUUGAUCGAUUCCUAUUCAUUGUCAAACCACGCAUUCACAAAAGACUCAUGAGGCCAUGGACAGCCCUGGCAUUUACUAUUGGAAUUUGGAUACUUGCAGCAAUACUCAAUAGUGGCCCGUUUGUUGGGCUAGGGGAGUAUGAAUAUGAUGAUACGUAUGGUUCUUGUGUGCCGCUGUGGCAAGGUAACAAUGGGUAUGUUCUUUACAUGCUUAUAAUCUCCAUGAUAUCAAUCACCAUCAUACUCAUUACAUCUAUUUGGACAUUCUGUUUCACUCGGAGGUUUAUCAACGACCAGUCACAAGUAUCGGGUGACAGUGUUUACGUCUCAAGGAAAAAGAGACUCUUUGGGAUAUUUGGAUCAAUGCUACUUGUUUAUGGUAUAUGCUUUUUACCAUCAAUAAUAAGUGGAGGCAUAACAACGGUGGUCAUUCUUCCAGAUCCAGUAUACGCUGUAAACAUGGUUACCUUUCAGUUCAUCACAGUUGCCAGUCCACUCGUUCAGUCCUAUUUCAGACCAGAUAUAAAGGCUGCCAUUAUAUCUUUCUUCGCACUAUUUGCUCCAGCUUUAAAGAAAUGGCAAGGGCUGACAAGUAGAAGCCAUGAGACUUCAACCUCCCUUCCUGCAUGA